CAUCUAUAUGCAUCCCGUAUAAGAAGCCAUAAAAACUGCAACAGAAGGGAUACCAUGGUUCUUCUUGAGGUUGAGCAGAAGUUCAGCUUCAACCCUCUCCUCCGCAAUGUUUUCCGACUCAACAAGGGCAGUCCUGCAUUCCUGAGUCUAGCAAGUCGGGGCACUCAACGCUUUUCCGAUGCUUAUUUUGAUCGUGGAAACAUCUUUUCCAACAAUGGAAUAUGGAUUCGAAAACGCGAGGGAGCGUGGGAAUUGAAACGCCGAGUUGCAGGGAGUUUCACUCGAACCGCAUUCGAGGAAAUCAAUGACUACAGUCGAAUCCAGAAGAUUGUAGGCCAGUUUCUCCCGGAUACCUUGGAGAAAAAAGGGGAUAAUCUGGGACUGGACGUCAUUUGUCAGUUCACCACGACAAGAGAGUCAUUCCUGGCGGAUGACAAGUUUUCAGUCAUGCUGGAUAGUACGGAUUUCGGCCAUGCCGUGGGGGAAAUUGAACUUGCCCAUGAAAACGCCCAGGAAGCGCACCGAGACAUCGAUGUCUUUAUGAAGAAAUACGCCUGGUUCUUUGACAAUAGCCGGCCUAAGGGAAAGCUUACGGCUUACUUUGAAAAGUUCGGUGAUCCAGUUUGACGUGCAAACGGGUCUAAAGCUGUGUGAAACAAGCAAACAAAGUGAAAUCCACGAGACUGUCAGGCAAUUAUCGCAGCAUAUGAAUCAUGGAUUCGGAAGAUGGUCCGGCGUGGGCGAUCUGCCGUCCGGCAGUGGGCCACGGCAAUUUCACUAUCAUGGAUGGACGUGCAGAGAAGACAGUCACGCGACCAUCACUUCAGAAUUCAAAGGGAGACGGCUUCUAUAAAAGCCUGCUUUACUGUGUCAUAUCCUUCGUCCAAA